GUGAAACCCACCUGUGGAAAAAUACAAAGGCCAAGCUCACAAAAGAGAAGCCAACGAUCACAUAGACAAUAUACAUUAGCCCCAGACCUUGUCUCAGUUCUAUAUACAUUUGCUGGAGACAGAACAGAACAGAACAACUAAGAGAUGAGAGGGUCUUCAUCGUUGGUAACGUUAAACCACAAGAUUCUCCGGCCAUGUAGGAAACUCCUGAUCAGAAUCACCAAGAGCUGUCCUCGGCGCCAAACCCGCCAUUUGAAACUCAAGAAAGCUUCUUCUUCUUCUUCAAGUAAGCCAGGGAACAAAGUGACCAAAGUGGUGGCUUUGUUCUUCCUCUCUUUCCAUAAGAAGAAGCAAGAGAAAGAGAAGAUGAAACGGCUUAACGAGCUAAGGAGCUUCUCCCACGCUGUCAGUGACCAGAAGAAGAAGAAGAAGAAGAAGAAGGCCUCAGACCAAGAAUCAAGCAAGAAGAAAGUGUUCCCAUCAAGACUCACAAUGUCUUGGCUUGGUCAUGGUAAGAGUAACAACAACACACAUGAAGUCCCCCAAGAUCAGGAUCCACGUAGAGACAGCACAAGCGCAUUCAUUCCUUGAUGUUUUA